AGCCUAAGGGGCGGGCGGCUUAUCUCCAGCAAGAAGCUUGUGUAAGUAAGUUAGGAGCUAGCUGUGCUUUUCUUCCCGUUUGAUUCGUAUCGCUGCGUGCAGUUUCGGGGUGAGCAGAAGCUGGUGUCGGAAUGGUAGUUCUUAGCCAUCAAGAGUGAACUACGGUAGUUUUGGACGACUGGGUGAUUCCUUAAACAAAAGUGAUCUCUUGUUUUUACAACCUCCUCACUUCCUUUCCCGUCUGCACGAUUGCCAUUUCUCUAUUUUUCGGUUGCGGGAAACUGCAUGUGAUAAAAAAUCCAUCUUUGCCACUUGAUCUGCUUUUCAGAAACUCCCCGUGCUGGUGUGAGAGUUUUUGGUCAGCUUUCCCAGAUAGGGUGGUCAGGAGUUCCUUCUGGCUCCCUUUAAACAAGCUCUCUAGGCUAUUAUAUUUCCACAAGCUUUUUUCUAGGUGAACCUUGAGACAUACAGGCCUUGAGGCAUAUAGGUUGAUGACAUGCUGAUGCAGUCUUUAGAUGCUGGAUUACAGCUGUUUUGUUUUCUUUUUUUAAAGAAGUUCAAUGUCCUCCAUGGGGCUUUUUCCUGAAAGCCUUUAUUGCGUGCUGCAAACCUAUCCAAUUAUUUUUGGUUAGAUGUCUUUUGCUAUGACGCACCAGCUCUGUGCUGUGGGGUUUCUUUGAAGUUGCCUCUCAAUGACUCCUCGAAGGCUCUGGCAACUGGCUUUUGGUCAGCCUUCCCCAGCUGGGUGCCUUUCACAUGUAUUGGACUGCAUCUCCCUGUUACUCCUGUACAGCUGGAGGAUAUCUGGGAGGAACUCAGGAAGAUGAUGGGUAACUUGGAGAGCAUGGAAUCUACCCAACUCCUCCUUCCAAAGCACAUUUUGGACAUAUGGGUCAUUGUCCUAAUCAUCCUGGGCACCAUUGUCAUCAUGACGUUACUGGUAUUGUGCCCAGCAACCACGGUGAUUAUUUAUAGAGUCUGGACACACCCUAUUCAUCAUAAUGGUGCUGAGUGAAAUUUGCCUCCUUGUCACUAUUUGGACUCUACUUUUGAGGAACGGGGUAAAUGCAAUAGGAAAAGCAGCCAAUUUAUCUGGCAGCUUUCAAGAUUGGGUUGAGCCUGGUGCAGGCAUUGGUGAAUUGCCAGCAAGGAUAUGGCAGCAACACAUCUGCGGUCAACAUGUGAUAAGAAUGUUACAGCUCACAAGAAGUAUCUUCAAAGCCUGAUUAUCCAUUUGGCCUAUGACUAUAAAACAUUACAUCCUGGACUUUAUCGCCUCUUGUGGAAUCAGCUAAAUUGCUACAGAAUUCCAGAUAAUUCCAGUUUUGGUUUCUGAUGUGUGUACUUUAAUCAGAAUGAGUCUUCAUGUUUACUGAGCAAACUAUUCCAAAGGACCAAGGAGAUGGCAGAAUCAGAUGCCUGAAAAGCAGUCCUUCAGCACAAGUGAAAUAGUGGCUGCUUUGCAUGAGCAACCUGCUUUAUCUGAUCUAGACAAACUUUUAUCUUCAUUCCAUGCAAAUCAGAUGGGAUAGAGAGCUAGAGGUCUUAGCUGAAAUAUUUGUGGUCCAUCUUUUCUCCCAGCACCCUUUGUUUCAAGCAGCACCAGUUAAAGAGAAUCAGAAGGGAGAAAUGAGAAGUCAGCAAAUAAGUGACUGGUUGAAAUCAUAUUUGUGGUCUACUGCAGUGGAACAGUACAUUCAUGAUGGGAGAUUUGUUUUGAAGAAAUUGAAUAAACAUAAUAUAGGGAAAGAGAGGGGGAGAGAGAGAGAGAGAGAGAGAAAGGAGGGUAAGAUUCUAACAAAAUACUUUACUGUAAGGGAUUAGUGUAGGAUGUGACUAUGAGAAAAGGAAAGUUUAAAAAAAAAUCAUUUGCUCUUGAUUUUGUGAAACUAGAUUUUUGAUAGGAACGUCUAUCUCAAGAAAAGAUGUUAUAGCUACUCUGCCGUACAAGCAGUGUUUGUUUCAGGAGAUUGAUCCCUGCCAUCAAACCUUUUUAAAAUAUGUUCUCUUUUUAGUAAUUGACUUCCUAGAAGUACUGGAGUAGCUUCAAUCUGAUGCCUUCCAUAUGGUUGGGAGAAAAUCAUUCAGAAUUCUUGGGGAAAGCCAGUCUAAACAGUUCAUUUAUCUAGCUGAUAGAAUAAUUUGUAUUCUCAAGGACUAGUCAAUUUAAUGUCUCUUCUCUUUCUCCCAUGAUUAUGGCUGGCUUUAGGGAAAAACACAUUCAGUCUCAAUUGUUUUCCAUUCCCUUGUAUAGGAGAGCCGGCAGCCUCUCAUCCAUGUGGGUUCUUAGACCUCUAAGAUCUACAGAGAACAGAAACAUUUAGCAGACAUUUUGGUCAAUAGGUCUUAAAGGAAAUACUCUGGUAGGUGAAAAAUAAUAAUAGUGUUUAAUAAAUGAAGCAAUCUGUACUCAUACAUAUCAACAGACACUGGAUUCAUUUCCAGUCAACAUAUCAUGAGAUAUUUGUUAUAUUAAGUUACAAUAUUGCACAAUGCUAUAUAAUAAACUGUUAUUAGUACCUAUCUCUGAAUAUUGAUUUUUGAAUAUGGUUUACUUCUUCCUGUUUGGCCUUGAAUUGUCUUACAGUAUUCUAGUCUUUUAUUGUGUAACUGCACACUAUUCUAGUCGUCCUUUCUCUGUUUGGUCAAGCUUGAACACUCUCAAAGGAAGCUAAGUUCAUGAUGCAGUCUUGUAUUGUUGCCUAUUAUACAUUAUAUGGUUAUCACCAAUUGCCCCAGAGGCAGGAAAUACAUACGUAAGCCCAAAAUAUGUGUUAAAUACCAAGUGAAAAUGGAUGCCACCACUAAUUGGUGGAUCCUUGGGAUUAGAAGCUUGCUGAGUACAAGGGUUCAAGCUUAUCUGAAAAAAAAGAAAGCUGAGUAAAUGGAGGGAAGCCCUCAAUAAUGAGAUGAGUCAGCUUUAGCCUAGAAGAAAGGUAGAUGAUGUUUUAUUUGCUUAUAUCCUGUUUCCUGUAAGAUGAGACCUAGGUGUGGGGCAUAAAUCAGAGGAAUUAAAUAUGUAUUUAAUACAAAAGCUACCUUACUGUACUCCAUGCAUGACUGGUUUGCUCUCAAAAUGGAGGAAUGGAGUCUCCUUAUUCCUGUUAUAUACUGAUGGGCUCUGAUUUCCAAGACGUCAUGGUGAGAUACUCUGCAUAUUCAGAGACAGCCUGUGUUGUGCUUUGUAUUUCACAUGGUGUCUGGCAGCCGUGCGCUCUGCAUGCCAGGAGGACUGGAGGACCUGUCUAUACUAAAGAAGGUCAACUGACCAGCUCUUUUCUUUUCGCUCUUUCUUCUCCUCUCAUAAACCCAAGCUAGCCUAAAGCUAAUCUUGGUGAUUUUGGAGGACUAUCCAUUUUGUGAGUUUAAAGGAAGAGAAGCAGAGAGGCACCAGUUAGGGCCAGGAUUAUAAGAGGAAACACUGGAAACAUGCCAGGGAUCGAAGGGCAUUUAAGCUUGACGAAUGGAGCAUAAUACAAAAGUGGUAGGUGGGGUGCUUUGACAGAGCACAGAACUGAGGGAGCACAUGGCUAGUCUUAACUAUUUCUUUUCAUCUGCUUUCUGAAAGGGCUUAUUUUAAUCGACACCCAGUGCAUUAACGAGACCCUGAUAGACUGAAACAGAGAACACCAGCAGCAUCCAGAAGAUUAACUGAACGUAUAUCCCACACGGAAUCUUCAUUUAUUACAAUUGUUUCGCUUCCACUUUUCUAGAUAAGUCUUUUCAAAGCAGACUACAAACCAUUCAAAGAAUUGUAAAUAAAAAUACAGUAAAAUACAGUACAAUAAGUGAAAAACCAAGGGGGGGGGGAACAUUCCCACAGAGUAAUUGGAAACAGUGACACUGUGAGGUAGAAAGUACAAGUCCAUCUGAGGCUUCUUUCCCUUCCUCUCACAGGACACUUUGUGGUAAUGGCCCUGUUUGGGGCCAGUAAAAAUCCAGUUGGUAAGCUUCAUGCUAACAGUUACAUUAAACAAUAAGGAUACUGAAAUUAGUACAGGAACAUGACAGUUACAUCGCUGGUAUUGUUAGAGUCUGUACUUUCCUUCCAUUUACUUAUUCUUGUCCUGCUGUAAAUCACACAUUGAAUUCAGGAUUUCUUUAGAACUUUUUUAAAAAGGAAAGAAAAACUGCACAAGAUCAGACCUGUUCUCAAAACAGAAACCACAAUUUCUGUCAAGUCACAGGUAUAUAAGGAAAUGUGAAAACAGGACACAAGAUGUCGCACAUCUUGUACUACAUUUGAUCUUAGCCACACCAACAUUUCUCAACACACUGGUGCUACCGUGGUUCAUCCCACAGGUUUUUACCCCUCUUUGUCUCUGUUUUGGCACUUCUCUUGUCGCUGCCCCUUAGCUGACAAUGGCAGCAGCCACGCAUUUCCUCAUGAUCCCCAGCAGUGACAAUUAAGCUGCUCAGAUAUUGGUCAAUGGUGGGUGCAGCUCUUUCCCCAGUGGCUUAUGAGCAAACACAACCCAGCAGCAAGGACCAGAGUCAUAAUCUCCCAAAUAGUCUACGUGUGGCCUUUAUCUAACGGCUUCCCCAUUAUCUCACUUUCUCUCUUCGCUCUCAUCGUACCUCCACCAACAUUGCCCUUAGAACACAUCUGUUUUCAGCUGUUCUUCCACUUCCACUUUCCUCUCUCCUUCUGACAAGAACGUUCACUACUGUCAGGCCUUUGAGGAAGGCCAGCUCAAGAAACAGACAUGGUUGGGGCUCCAGGAACGCCCUUUAUUGUAGUAAGAUAAAAUAACCACAUUUUGAAAGCCUAUCCAAGCUUCUGCAGAUCCCAUCUUAUACUAAACACAAUCAAGGUGGGAUUAUUUUGAAUUUCUUUCAGGACUUUGUAAUAUUUUCUGCAAGUCCCCCCUUAAUGACUUGCUGAUUCUUUCUCUAUGCCCAAGGUCAAUUCUACAUUCCUUUACAACCACCCAACAUUUCAUAUUCAUAUCCUGUCCGCUUUUCCCUAACAGCUUUCCUCCAAAGUCAAAAUUCAAUACUUAAAUUAACAUUGGACUAACUAGCUACAAACAACCCUGGGUGCUAUCUGAAAAAAGAACUGCAUUCAGAGCAUAAUAGUAAGAUAGUUCAGUAUUAUCCCAUAGCACAGGCGGACUGGCCAAAAUCUAUCCAUUUUACAGACAUCUUUGGCUGUUUUUCUCCAAAAUUAAUCUCAAGUUAGGGAUAUAAGACUUGUUUGUUCAACUUGUAUACAGCCAAAUCCUCUGGAACUCUAAGCAGCUGACAAUUUUUGUACACUUAAAACAGGCACAAAUAUAUGAUCAUGCAAAUCUUCGUGCAUCAUUCUAAUUUUAGUACACGUGCUGCUGAAGUUCUAUAGCUGCAGAGAGAUUUGAAAGUGGAAUGUCCUGGUUCACAGCUCAGAUAUAUUAUCAGUUAAACCCUGAGCCCUACAUUUUUAUGAAGAAGUCAAGGGCUGUUAAGUACGGAGUCUCUAAAGUAAGAUUUGGGAAUAUGCUAAGUACAAAUCCAGUUAAGUUUAUGUGAUACACUUGGUCUCAUAUUAGUCUUAAUUAUGAGGAAACAUUUUUUCUCCAAGGAAUUAAUAAGAGACUCAAUUAGGAUAAAAACUGCUGCAUAGGAAACAGUUUCAGUCAGAGAGUGGCAGGGGGGAACAAGGAGACAAUUACAGUAAAUGAAAUGUGAUACUCAGAAAAAUAAUGUGCCUUACGCCAGAUCAUUUAUAACCAAACCUGUGUUCAGUUAGUGCCCCAGAAAUAUAUUUGACUUUUCUCUGCAAGCAUAUAGCUGUGGAAAGAAAUGCUAGUGUCUCUGAGUGCACAAACUAAUUUACUAGAGACUAUUCAACCUUGGAAGAACAUCUAAAAUAAUGUGUGUGCGUUUGUGUGUUUGUAAUAAAUUGCCUCAGGCCUGUGAGGAAAAUUAUUAGUAGCCUUCUAUAAGUUUUAAUGUUAGUUUUGAUUGCAUUUAAUAAAGCCAAGUUAGCUG